UGUUAUUUAACGUAAAUAUUUCUAUAAAACCGACAUUGACAGUGUAUAAACAAAUAUAAAAGACGAUCCAAGGCGGUUAAGGGACACAGAAAGUGGAUUGGUUUGAGCUCUUAAUUUAGAAAAAAUGUCAAGAAAGAGAAUAAGACCGGUCGAAGAAACAAACAUGGAAAAUCAUAAAAAUGGAGAUACUGCCUCUUGUUCAAGAGAAGAUUCUCCUGUAUUUGCUUCCAUCUGUAAAGAAGCUCCAUUCAGCGAUGAACCAGGAGCACUUGUAGAAGCAGAUGAUUGCAAUUACAAUAUGAAAAUAUCGCUGGAAAUGGCAUGUAGUGGACACGCUCCACGGAGAGUACGUGUCUACGCAGAUGGGAUAUACGAUCUCUUUCAUCAAGGGCACGCGAGACAAUUAAUGCAAGCUAAAAAUAUUUUCCCUAACGUAUAUCUCAUAGUAGGAGUGUGCAAUGAUGAGCUAACCCACAGUAAGAAAGGGCGCACAGUGAUGACAGACUCCGAGCGAUAUGAUGCUGUAAGACAUUGCCGGUACGUCGACGAGGUCGUCCGAGAUGCGCCAUGGGAGUUGGAUGACGAAUUCAUUGAAAAGCAUAAAAUCGACUUUGUAGCUCAUGACGAUAUUCCGUACAUGACCGACGAAGCGGAUGAUGUUUAUGCUAAAUUAAAGGCGAAGGGAAUGUUCGUGGCGACGCAGCGAACGGAAGGGGUCUCGACUUCCGACAUUGUAGCAAGAAUUGUCAAAGAUUAUGACAUUUAUGUGAGGCGAAAUCUUGCUAGAGGUUAUAGCGCCAAAGAACUCAACGUAUCGUUUCUGAAUGAGAAAAAGUUCCGGUUGCAGAAUAAGUUUGAUGAUUUAAAAGACAAAGGAAAGAGAGUGAUCGAGAACUUUGGAGAAAAGCGAAUUGACAUGAUAAGUAAGUGGGAAGAAAAGUCGAGGGACUUUAUCGAUGCGUUUCUUCUCCUUUUUGGUCGAGAUGGAAGACUGUCGACGAUAUGGAACGAGGGCAAAGGGCGUUUGAUGCAGGCCCUCUCACCCCCCGCCAGCCCGAAGCGUGACGGCAGUCCCAAUAGCAGCAACAGCAGCGGCUGCGAUAACGACGAAGACAGCACAAGUCCUCCACCAAAAAAGGCCGGACGCUAUGAUUUUUCUCGCGGUAAUCAUUAUGUCAGCGACGAUUACAGCGAUGAUGACGAAGUACAGCAGCGCUCCAAGUGAUUUUUGAGCUACCUCGACUUGUCUUUCAAAUUUUCUAAACUUCGACCAAACAUAUGCUGUCUUAUUCUCAAUUUUAUUUAAUAAAAUCGUAGAAUUGGUAGCACCGCUAGAUAAGAGGUCGAAAUAAUUAUCAUUGGCUAAUUAAUGCUCGAUUAAAAGUGUUUCAAACGUUACUUCGAAAUUUAAGAAAAAUGAUAAUUUAGAGAGAACAAACUAUCAUGAUUUUUCUAAACGUGAUAGAUUACCAUGCGAAUGAUAAAUAAAAUCAAAUAGAUUUCAAAUAUUUCGGCUUCCAGUGUUGAAAUCUAGAAAAUUAUUAACGAUAAUAAGGCGAUGCUGCGCUGCACAUUUUACCAGUACAUUGAGAGAGAGAGAUAGAUAGAUAGAGAGAGAG